CCUUUGCGCCUCCCUCGACCACCUCAUUCGAUCGCUAUUCGCGACAUCAGAUGGUGAUAUCUCGACGCGGCAAACAGACUCUCACGGUGCUUCAGCAGUCACCUCUCCGGUCGCUACCACGCAACUUUGAUGGCAGCGAUUCCGAGCGCCAGAUGUGACUCACAAUGCCACCACCUCGUCCCCAGCAGACUCUCAAUGAGGCACUCCGUCGAAGACUACCCGACCAGCGCGCACCAUUGGACCCAACCUCAGGCACGCUCACAGCAGCUGACCUCACAUACGGAUGGCAUUCGAGAGCAUCGACGAGUGCUGGAAGCUCGGCAGAUCACCGUCGAGUUCCUGACCCAGAAGGGCGCCUCGGCCCACGCACAGCGGCUGAUGGCUCCGCCUCUUCCUCUUCUGUGACCUCGAUUGCUUCGGAGGAGUCGGAGACUACGGACGCGAGUGGCUCUCUAGCACAUGUGAGCGAUAGUGGCAGCACCGAAGGUCACGAACAGAGAAGCAGGAGCGCAAGCGAACAAAAUUUGCCACGCUCAGAAGACAGAGAAAAUGUGGCGAUGCAGCAAGAGGCUGGGCAGGCGCGUGCCUGUCGCAUCUGCUUCGACUCAGGCAACUUGAGUACGAAGCUCAUUUCACCCUGCCGAUGUAGUGGGACUAUGAAGUACGUCCACGCCGGCUGCCUCGAAGAGUGGAGGAGACUCUCGCCCCGCAGCUCUUCAGCUUUGAGGUGCGAUCAGUGCCGUGCCCCUUACCGCUUCAAAAAGUCUCGCUUCGUUGGCUUUGGUACCUCGCCAGGUCUGGUACUGCUCGUCUCCAUGCUCUUAUUCGGUAUCUUGGCCUACGGCGCUGGCGUGAUCUGCGAGCUGGCGUAUAGCAGAUUCGAUUCUAGCGUCAUCGAAGCGAAGGUGGAGCGAGAACAGCUAGACUUCGACCUGAUAGACACUUCGCACGGAGUACGCUUCUAUGUGCAAGGCGAAGGCGCAGGAUCGGUCACAUCUCCUCGCAUCAUGACGUACGCUCAACUUCUGCGUCACUUCCGCUACGGCGAUCCCCGACAGCGCACCGCCAAAGACGCUGGGGGCUUCUUAAAGUUUCUGUACGAGUUCUCGGCCGACUACGACACUGAAGCUGCGGGUCUCAUCGCAAUGGCUGGAGCUUGGACCGGUGUUGCCGAUCCAGAUUACGGCAAGAGCGACAAGGAGCUGCGCAAAGCCCAAGGAAAGUACAACGAACAGCGCGAAGUUGCAGCGAAGCAGGGUUGGUGGUCCGAGCUCAAGUGGGUUUGGCUGCAUGGAGAGGAUGCACCAAGUACUGCAAGCACCGUCUCCUCUACUCCACCUGCGCCGCUUUCGGCGCGAGAGACAGAGCCAGUCGCAAGCGUACCGGACCGUCAUGCACAGGCUGCCUCGAGCUCAAGUCCGAUUGCGGCUCGCAAGUGGUUUCCCUUUCUCAGAAGGAACGCUGAGCGACCACAGCUUGAGGACAGUGUCGGAGACCAAAGGCGAGCCACCAAGCUUUGUCCAACGAAAGUGCAAAAUGAUGCUGCAAGCAGCCGCAAGGGCGCGCAGCAAGGCGAGUGCAUCACGAAGGAGCUCGUCAAGGAAAAACUGAUGGAGGACUUGUCAAAACAGGAGACUUGGCCUAUUCGUGUCGUCACACAGAUGCUGCUCGGCUUGUUCGUCAUUGGAGCUGGCUCUGUGUUGCAGGUCAUGAUGUCGCUACCUUUCACGCCAUUUGGCAACUGGGGCGUGGGUCGUCAUUUCGCACGGCGCGAGGCGCGCAACAGACGAGGAAGGAAUGGAGGAGGUGGUGGCGCCAUGGACACAGUCAUUAUCGUGCUCGGCGUCCUCUUGAUCCUCUUUGGAAUACUCAAAGCGGCUUACGCUGUUUACAAGGCUGUGAAUUCUUUUUCCAGACGUGCCCUCGGUCAAGUCGAAGACUAUCUCGUCGACUGGACAGGAGAGGAUGAAGACGCGCCCCGACCGCAUCGGAUCGAGCAAGAGGGGGCGCCAGCUCGAGCUGGGCCCGUCCUCGCCUGAAAGACAGGCUCUAUGUCAUGCUUCGCAUCCAAGCAAGGCGAUGGUCGCAGCAUUUGGCUUGCGCCACAUGUCACGCGCUCCCAGAUCACUUAGUCACGAUCAGAUUUCUACCCCGACACAUUGUAUUUCAAUAUUUCAAUAUUUUAACCUCAUCGUAG